UUCUGUUGGAAAAGAAGCUCAACAACAUUGCUCCAUUGUCAACUCUAUCUAUCUCCCUCCGUGGAGUGGUUAGGACCUAAUUUUGGCUCCACUUACUCCAUAUAUUGACUCGCUUGUGACAUGUGCCACAAAUCAAGGUGGUGAAACAAUGCAUGAACAUGUUACGAUGAUAUUAGAAACAUUGAAUUUUUAGUUUCCUACCCACUAAGCAGUUUGUUAACUUGUUUCUGUGGCAAGAUGCUUGGUGUCAUUAGAAGAAAACUGCGUCACCUUUAUUCAAGGAUAUUGUGGCUACUAUUGAAGCGCCGCAGGUGUAAAGUUGUUAUCAAAAGGUUUAGAAAAUUGAACUAUAAGGGUCACACUAGAGCAGAAUUGUGUAAAAACAAAUCCACAAGUGACUCAAAUGGCCUCUUGGUUGAGUCUGAAUCUGGAAGGCCUAUUAGGAUUGCUACAUUCAAUGUUGCCAUGUUUUCCCUUGCACCUGCUGUUUCAGAAUUUGAUGAAUGUGUUGGGUCCAAUCAUGUGAAUGGAUCUAUCAAGAAGGGUGAUUUUCCCAAGAGUAUACUAAAGCAAUCUCCAUUGCAUGGUUCUCUGGACAAAGCUGAUAAGAAUCUUUCUGACUCCAAGAUUCUGCCACGUUCGAAUCUGAAGGUUUCUAUCAAUCUUCCUGACAAUGAGAUUUCAUUGGCAAAUAGUAGGUUGCUUGGUUCAAUGGAGAGCAAAGAGGGUACAUCAGAUGCAAUUAUGGGGAAUGUUUCUGGCAGGCAUCAGGUUCCAGCAAGGUCUCCUGUGUGCUUUCCUUUCAUUAUGAAUUGCUGUGAGGGGAAUGAGAGAUUCACAAGCAGCAGAAGCAUCAUGGAAGUUCUGAGGGAGAUUGAUGCUGAUGUGCUGGCACUGCAGGAUGUGAAGGCAGAGGAAGAGAAGAACAUGAAGCCUCUUUCUGAUUUGGCAGCUGCCUUGGGGAUGAAAUAUGUGUUUGCUGAGAGUUGGGCACCAGAAUAUGGAAAUGCCAUCUUGUCCAAAUGGCCUAUUAAGAAGUGGAAAGUUCAAAAGAUUGCUGAUGAUGAUGAUUUCAGGAAUGUUUUGAAGGCCACAAUUGAUGUGCCCUGGGCAGGAGAAAUAAACUUUCACUCUACUCAACUUGAUCACUUAGAUGAGAAUUGGAGAAUGAAGCAAGUACAUGCAAUAAUCCGCUCCAAUGACCCUCCCCAUAUCUUAGCAGGAGGUCUAAAUUCUCUAAAUGGAGCAGACUACUCAUCUGAGAGAUGGACAGAUAUUUUUAAGUAUUAUGAAAAACUAGGAAAGCCUAGGCCAAGGUCAGAAGUGAUGAACUUCAUGAAAUCAAAAGGGUAUGUGGAUGCAAAGGAUUAUGCAGGAGAAUGUGAGCCAAUUGUCAUCAUUGCCAAAGGCCAAAAUGUGCAGGGGACAUGCAAGUAUGGCACAAGAGUGGAUUACAUUUUGGCUUCCCCAAACUCAGCGUACAAAUUUGUACCAGGGUCAUACUCGGUCAUUUCAUCAAAGGGAACUUCUGAUCACCAUAUUGUGAAGGUAGACAUUGUGAAAGUAAACGCAUCUGCGCAGAAAAAUGUGAUUAGACAGUGCAGGAAACUAAGGCGAAAAGUAGUGAAAAUAACACCACCAUGUUCUGCAACAAGUGUAAGGGAAUCAACCCCACCUCCAAAAAUACUUGUACCAUAGAAAAGUUUUAUUUGAUAGAAGUGAUAUGGUAUACUUUGAUAAUUGGUAAGCAAUGUGUUUUCAGUUAGCUGUAAAGAUAAAGUAGUAUGGCAUUGGCCGUGCAAUGGAGUUUGAAAAUUCUUAGUGCCUUGAUUCAGCCUCAAAUUGAUUAGGUUUGAAAAUUAGGAUUAAUUAUGUUUUUAAUCUCCUAAUUUUAGUUGAGAAAUUAAAAAAAAAA